AUGACGCCUUCGGAUUUGAAACUCUCUGCAUCCAACGCCUCCAGCAUCAUCACGACAGCUAUCUUGGGUGCAGACUUCCUGGCGCACCUCAACCUGAUGGUCGACGUCAAGGGGCGUAAACUCGUCGACCCCAUCACCACGCUCUCGGCCGAGGGGGUUUGCAGGCGUCCUAGCAUCUUCAGCAUCUCUCUAACGGAUCAUCUGGUCGUUCCGGAGGGAGACGCUGGACGGCUUUACUCAAAGCUUCUUAACGAGUUCGUGAACCUCGCUGGCUCAGGCGGCGUGACCGUAACACCCCGCAGCUCCGCGGUCGCACACCACAUCGUUACCACAGGACCGGCGGUGUUCGAGCGCCCUCGCAGACUUUGCGGGGACCGCCUGGUUGCAGCCAAGCAGGAAUUCGAGACCCUACUGGCUCGUGGCAUCAUCCGGCCUUCCUGUAUACCCGACCGCUACCCUUUGCCCAUCAUCGAGGAUCUUCUUCAAGACUGCCACGGCUCGACGGUUUUCUCUACCAUCGACCUGCAGAGGGCUUACUACCAGAUCCCUGUGGCUGCAGAGGACAUUCAGAAAACAGCCGUCACCACGCCCUUCGGUCUCUUCGAGUUCCUGAGCAUGUCGCUCGGACUGCGGAACGCCUCGCAGACCUUCCAACGCUUUAUGGACACCACUCUGCGAAACUUGCCGUUCGUACGCUGUUACAUGUACGACUUACUUAUCAUCUCCAAUUCUCAUGAGGAGCACAUAGAGCACCUCAGAACACUCUUCCAGACUCUCCGAUCGGCCAAGCUGUUUGUCAAUUUGGCGAAAUGCAGCUUCGGUAAGGCCCGCCUUGAUUUUCUCGGUUUCAGCAUUUCUGGCAAAGGUUACGAACCGCCCGCAGCCAAAGUUGAGACAAUCGAGGAUUUCCCGAAACCAGAAACUCCUGCCCAGCUCAGGAGAUUCCUGGGCAUGACAAAUUUUUAUCGCCGAUGCAUUCCCAGGGCAUCCCUUCUCCAGGCUCCUCCAAGCGACCUGCUCAAAGGACUCCCCAAGGGCAACAAAGUCAAACUGACCUGCAUCGCGCAGUGCUGCCGGCCAGCAUUCCUCGCCCACUCGGCCCCGCUAGCGCUCACCACCGACGCCUCCAGCUCUGCAAUCGGUGCCUCACUGGAACAACGUGAGGACGGCGUCUGGAAGCCUAUUGGUUUUUUCUCCAGAAAACUCAGCAAGACUGAAGCCCGUUACAGUACUUACGACCGUGAACUCCUCGCUAUGUUCGCGGCAGUCAAACCACCGCUCACCUUCGCUUCAACUCAACGAUCAGACAAAGCCUCUCCGAGACAGCAGAGACACCUGGAUUUUAUCCUCCAGUUCACCGCAGACAUAGUCCACGUGAAGGGGGAGGAAAAUGUCGUCGCCGACUCUCUGUCCCGCACCUGCACCAUCUCGAUGCCGACGACGCUCGAUGCAGGGCGCAUUUCAGAGGCCCAAGCGAUCGACGACGAGCUGCCUGAUCUCCUGCAUCAGGGCCACGGUCAAACUCCUGGCCACGAAGUUCUGUUGGCCCGGACUCAGGAAGGACGCAGCGGAAUGGGCACGCACGUGUCUACAUUGCCAAAAAGCCAAAGUACAUUAGCACAACCGCUCUGCUCUCGGCGAGUUCGUUACGCCAGACAACCGGUUCGAACAUGUGCACAUGGACAUCGUCAAGCUGCCACUGGUAAAAGGGUUCCAGUACUGCCUCACAGUCAUCGACCGGUUCACCAGAUGGCCAAUCGCAGUGCGCAUGCGGAAUAUGCAGGCGGACACCGUGGCAGAAAAAUUCUUCACAAAUUGGGUCUGCAACUACAGCACCCCUUGUUAAUUACUUCGGAACAAGGCACGUUCGAGUCUGCAAUCUUCACAUUACUCUCCAAGAUUAUUGGAGCCGAACGGACUCGCACCACACCUUAUCAUCCACAAUCAAACGGGAUGGUCGAGCGUUUCCACCGCACGCUCAAGGCAGCACUAAUGUGCAACCCACACGUGCCCUGGCCGGACCUGCUGCCUUCAACCCUCCUUGGCCUUCGCACGGCUUUCAAGGAGGACCUUCAGGCAUCUCCGGCGGAGAUGCUGUUCGGCAUGGCCUUACGCAUCCCCGGAGAAUUUUUUGUUUCAGAUAGUUUACGAGCAGAACCGCAGAAGUUCCUAGGAAAGUUCCGGAAGCUCAUUCGCGCCGUGAGACCGGUUCCGGCAUCUGACCACUCCAAACGAUACCCGUUCCANACUAAUGUGCAACCCACACGUGCCCUGGCCGGACCUGCUGCCUUCAACCCUCUUCGGUCUUCGCACGGCUUUCAAGGAGGACCUUCAGAUAGCUUACAAGCAGAACCGCAGGAGUUCCUAGGAAAGUUCCGGAAGCUCAUUCGCGCCGUGAGACCGUUUCCGACAUCUGACCACUCCAAACGACACCCGUUCCAGCUCAGGGACCUGCGGAUGCGCACUCUCGUUUUCAGGAGAGUGGACUCCUUCCGCAAACCCCUGGAGCCGCCAUAUACGGGUCCACGAGAGGUUAUCCUGAGGCUGAACGACAGAACCUUCGUCAUUCGCACCAACGGUAAGGAAAAAACGGUCUUCACUGAUGGGCUAAAGCCAGCCUUCAUAGAACCGGACAAUAAGCAGCCGUCUACGCUAAAAUCAACCAAUUCCGCACCUCGAACCGCCUCACUUAAGAAAAGGGUGUCGUUCCCUUCGUCAGAGACGAAGCUCUCUGGGGAGGGAGUGAAUGUGGCGGUUGAAACAACCGGCGGCGAUUAUGAUUUGUAA